GAACUGAAACUUAGGGUGGGGACUGUGUACUGUGAAAGGGGCGGGGAAAUCGCGAAGCUGAAGCUGCCGGAGCCGGGAGCUGAGCUGAGGGCAGCUGAGCCCUGGGACAACGUGCACAGCCAGCUCAGGAUGGCAUCAGGCAAGGCACGCUGCACCCGAAAGCUCCGGAACUGGGUGGUGGAGCAGGUGGAGAGCGGCAAGUUCCCUGGGGUAUGCUGGGAUGAUGAAGCUAAAACCAUGUUCCGGAUUCCCUGGAAGCAUGCAGGCAAGCAAGACUUCCGGGAGGACCAGGAUGCUGCCUUCUUCAAGGCCUGGGCGAUAUUCAAGGGAAAGUACAAGGAGGGAAACUCAGAAGGCCCUGCCACCUGGAAGACUCGCCUGCGCUGUGCCCUCAACAAGAGUUCUGAAUUUCAGGAGGUCCCUGAGAGGGGCCGUAUGGAUGGGGCUGAGCCCUACAAGGUGUAUCGGUUGCUGCCACCAGGAACCCUCCUUGGCCCUGACCCGUCUCUCCCGUCCCAACAAUGUUCCACAGCGGAGCCAGGCACCCAAAAAUCCCCAUCAAAGCGACACCACAGUUCCGAGUCCUCGGACAGGGAGGAGGAUGAGAGUCCCGCGAAGAGCCACGUACUCAGCCCCUUCUUGCUUCAGGACCCCUUCAAUAAUGAGAGGGGAACCAGUGGGGGAGCAGACCAUUCAGACACUGGGAGCAGCGGCAGCAGUAGCAGCGGCAGCAGCGGCAGCAACAGCAACAGCAACAGCCCUAAGCCUCAGGAAGGCACAGACACAACUGAGGCCCCCUUUGAAGGGGAUCAGGCAUCUGUGGAAUUCGUGCUCCCUCCAGACUUAGACUACUCGCUGCUGCUCACCUUCAUCUACAAUGGGCGCGUGGUUGGGGAGACCCAGGUGCACACCCUGGACUGCCGCCUUGUGGCUGAGCCCUCGGAUUCCCAGAGCAGCAUGAAGCAAGUGGUUUUCCCCAAGGCUGACCCACUGGAGCCCACACAGCGCGUGCUGAGCCAGCUCAAGAGGGGCGUCCUGAUGGCCAGCAACCCCAAAGGCCUCUUCGUGCAGCGCCUCUGCCCCAUCCCCAUCUCCUGGGAUGCGCCCCAGACCCCACCUGGUCCAGGCCCACAUCUGCUGCCCAGCAAUGAGUGCGUGGAGCUCUUCAAAACAGCCUACUUCUACAGAGACUUGGCCAGGUACAACCAGGGCCUGGGCCCCCCACCCAAGUUCCAGGUGACCCUGAAUUUCUUGGAGGAAAGUUCUGACCCUAGCCAAAACCCACAGAGUCUUAUUACAGUGCAGAUGGAGCAAGCCUUUGCCCGACAUUUGCUGGAGAGGACAAUGCCAGAGGAGCAGGCAGCCACUCUGCCCCUGAGCCUGGAGGAUCCCCCCGCCUUCCCAUCUCUUUUCUUCCUCUCUCCUUUAAACAGAAAUAUUCUCCACACUGGUGACCUGAACUCCUCUGUGAUAAUUCUCGGUGAUUGUCUGUGAUGGUUACAGCCUUGAACUCUUCAUGCACCCUGGGUGGUAGGAGACUCAAGGAUGAUUUUUACCCCUUAUCCCUCCCCCUACCCUUUUUUUUUUUUUUAAAUUUUGAGGUAUACCUUCUUUCAUCUCUAAAGAACUGGGAAAAUCCAAAUGGCUAAAACUCAGGAGACCUUUCCCUCUUCCCCUACACCCCAACUCUAAAGCCAAGCACUUUAUAUUUGCAUCCUAGAACUUCAUUAAGCAUUUUAAAUAAACUU